AAAAUCCUAAUUAUAUUCUAAAUUUUUCAAAUUAAAGUUUAAAUUGCGAAAAAAAAUAUCAAAAAUUUUGCUAAUUACCGUUGUUAACUUUACAUGCAAAUCGACAAACAAAACAAUUUGUAUAAACUAUUGCCAGUUUUCUGAAAUAAACAUAUUGGACUAUGUUUAGUUCGCAUAAUUAUUUAAAAAGAAAAACUCCAGAACAGGGAAUAAAUCGUCAAGAAUUCAUAGAACAUUUGGUGGAAGAAUAUUACACCACUACUAAUGUGGAAGCCCAAGAACAAGUAUCAGCCAAUUUAGCUAAUUUUGCCUAUGAUCCCAUAAAUUGGGAUUAUCUUAAAACUGCCGAAGUUUUAAAAUUAUUUUUUGAAUUACUAGAGUUACCUAAUGAAAAAUUACAACUACACGGUUCGGCGGGAUUGUGUAAUAUUUGUUUGGAUAAACAAGCCCUCAAAUAUAUAAUUAAGACCGAUAAUUUCAACAAACUUAAGAAUUUGUUAUUAAAAACUAACAAUUUGCAUAUUAUACUAAAUUGUUUAACUCUGCUGUAUCAAUUAUUAAGCAACUUGCCACCAACUAAAAACCUUAGUUUAUGUGCAACAAUUUUAAAACAAAUCCAACAUUUCAAGACUGUAUACGAAAAAGAUCAACGUAUUGUUAAUAUUUGCAACCUAAUGAUAGAAGAUUUUGGACAACGCCAUGAACUUAUUGAAGUUAACACCCAGUUGCCUACAAAUGACCAGAGGGUUGAGUAAGCAACAUCAAACAAUAUUCAAAGUUCCAGAAUUGAAAGUAAUUAAACGUUUCACACAAAAAGAUUUGGACGACUUUUCACAAUUAACAGGAGACUUUAAUUAUAUACACUCGGAGCUAGUGCCCAAGGAGAAACGAAAAGUUCAUGGUGCUCUAUUGAAUGCCAUUGUUGCUGGCAUUAUCGGCACACAAUUUCCGGGUGCUGGUAGCAUAGUUCUCGAACAAAACUUUUCUUUUCCUAAUCCCUGUCGCAUAGACAUAGAUUGUGAGUUCUUGUUACAAGUACAACAGGAACGUAAAAUUUCAAUUGUUUCCUAUGAAUGUAAACAAAAUGAGCACAUUGUUUUCAAAGGUCUGGCUAAAUUAUUGUUAAGCAAUAACAAACAAUAAAUAUAGAAUUUUAAAGUUUAAAA